AUGAGUCUUGAGCAACUGGCCAAUCCCGCACCAGAAUCACCUACACAAGGCAACUCUAUUGAGGCUACACUCAGGCGACCAGCUCCCCGGAUUCGACGAAAACCCCCGCAAAUCUGUGACUCCUGUGGUAGAGUAUUCACUCGUCGUUGUGACCUUAAAAAGCACGCAAAGACCCACGAACGUGCCUUCAAGUGCACUGCUGCCGGCUGCGACCGCACUCAAGGAUUCGGUCUCCAAAAAGAUCUUCGGCGCCAUAUAGACACCAUCCACCGCAAGAGCACGUUUACCUGUGACUAUCCGAACUGUAGGCAGACAUUUUCGAGAUCUGAUAACUGCCAACGACACUUCGAGGAGCAGCAUUCCAACUAG